CCUCUUGCCUUUGCCAUAUAUCCUGUUGCUCAACGUUCAACCCUGGUGUGAUUGAGAAAUCUAUACCAUAAUGCCUAGCGAUUCGGUUAUCCAUGCUGUGGCUGGUGCGGCUGGCGGCAUCAUAGCCAUGUCGGUCUCAUAUCCCCUCAUUUUCCUCUCAACUAGAGCAGCCGUAGAGACGAAGAAGGAGCAUAAAUCAACCUAUGAAGCGAUUAUAGAUGUUAUCAAACGCGAAGGCUUCCUCGGCUUGUACAGUGGCCUCAACUCCAGCCUCCUGGGGAUCGCUAUCACGAACGGAGUCUAUUAUUACUUCUACGAGCGGUCGCGCGGUGCCAUACUCUCCUCUAGAGCAGGAGGGAAGGGACUGAGCACUACCGAGUCCAUGCUGGCGGGACUCAUCGCCGGUUCCUCCACCACGAUCAUAAGCAACCCCAUCUGGGUGAUUCAGACGUCCCAAGCCGUCCAGUCGAUGAGCCAGUCUUCAUCAGCAGAACCCGGUAGUCCGAAGCCCAAGCGCUUAGGCAUCGUUCAGACCAUCAAGUACAUUCUUCGAAAGGGUGGUAUUGGGGCCUUCUGGCGAGGCAUUGGGCCCGCGUUGAUCCUUGUUGUCAACCCUAUGUUGCAGUAUACUGUCUUUGAGCAGCUGAAGAACAUAUUGGUGAGGCGCAGGACGGCUCGAUUGCGAGCAGCCGGUCCCGCAGCUGCGGCGGCCAUUGCUGUCCUGUCUGACUGGGACUACUUCCUUCUUGGUGCCAUCUCGAAACUAGUGGCUACAUCGACGACAUAUCCAUACAUCGUGGUCAAGAGCAGGCUGCAGGCGGGACAGGCGCAUGCGCUCAAGUACAAGUCCUCGCUCGACGGCCUGCUGACCAUCAUCCGGGAGGAAGGGAUCGAAGGACUAUACAAGGGCGUCGGUAGUAAAUUGCUGCAGAGCGUUCUGACCGCAGCUAUCCUCUUCAUGGGCCAGAGAAGGAUCUAUGAGAUCACGAAGCAGGUAGGCGAGAUACGCAUAUGGUGUGAAGGUGGCGCUCAACUAGAUUCAAAGGCUGUUUCCCCUGUGUUGAUUAAAUAGAUCAGUCGUGCUAGC